AUGCCUGUUGAUUACUAUGAUUCCGAGGACUCUGAGUUCUCUGAAACUGAUAUCUCAGUUCAUGGAGGUUCAGUUCAUGGAGGUCGCAGAAGUGGCUCCUCAUUCCACCGUCGCUCCUCUCACCACCGCCGCCCAGAGCGCAGGGAGUAUAAAGAAUUUAAAGAGACUGUUCUAUCCCCAGUUCUCAGCUCUCGACACAUCCGCUCGGCUUCCACAGGCGGACGCCGUCCCCACCGACACUCGCCCGAGGCACAAGUACCAGCCGUAAUGAUCGUGAACGAGCAGGCCACACGCUCCAGCAACGCCAACAGCAACAAACCACGGCGAGUGCAGAACAAGACUAAAAUAUACGAGAACGAGUCUGACGAGGCCCUCGCCGGACACUCGGGGCGCCAUCGUGCCGGUACCACUGUCUCUGUCUCGCGCGAACAUUCACGGUCCCCCUUCCACCGGGACUACGAGCUGAUGAUGAACCAGCGUAUGCUAGACCGCAACGAUGUCCGGCAGGAUCUAGACAUCUGGAAGCAGCAGCAGGAGAUCGAGCGGCUGGAGCGCGAGCUCGAGAGACACCGUGAGAAGGUCGAGGCCCCGCGGGAGGUGCUACGAGAUGUGCGCGAAACCCGGCGCCUGCGCGAAGAAGAGGAGUGGUACGAGGAUGAGAUUAGUGAGCGACUUCAUCGCCUGGAGCGGUAUGAGAAGCAAUCGCGUGAGGAGGAGGAGGCGAAGAAGGCUGAGCACCGCUGGCGUCUGAAGAAGUUCGAAGAGGCUGAGAAGGAGGCCGCUGAGAAGGAAGAGCUGAAGGCUAAGAUGAAGCAGCAGCGCUUGGCGGAAAUUGCUAAACAGCAGGCAGAUGACGCUGAGCGCGACCGUAUCAAGAAGGAGAUUCAAGAGGAGGAGAUGCGGCAAGCGCGAGAGGCUGAAGAAGCAAGGGCCAAGGAGGCUGCUAUGAAGGCUGCUGCUGUGGAAGAGUGGAAGCGGGAGCAGGAGCGCAUUGCCAAGGCACAAAAGGAGGAAGCGGAGAGAAGGGACAAGGAGUUCCGAGACCGACUUCGUGUCGAGUUUGGUUACAAUGAAGAGGAGAUUGAGGCCAUUCUCAACAAGAAGAAGAAGGAUGAGGCUGACAAGGCUGCGAAAGAGAAGCAGGAGGCUGAGGAUAAGGAGAAGGCGGAGAAGGAAAAGGAGAAGGCGGAGAAGGAAAAGAAAGAAAAGGAGGAAGAGGAGGAGAAGAAGAAGAAGGAGGAGCUGAAGAUCAUUGAAGAGCGCAAGACUACAUGGAUCAAGGUCCACCGCAAGCAUCUUCUUCCUGAAACUCUCCUAGCAUAUGGCCUUCCUUGGGAAUGGGACGAGCGUGACAGCAACUAUAUCAUCAUAAAACGUUGGAUCGAUGAUGAUUUCCAAGAAACCCUCUUUGCCCACACUCGUCGACUCCGUGAUAACAAGGUCAUUGCUCAAACCUCCCACUCAACCACCGAGCUCCGCAUCAACGAUCGUGGCAAGGACAGAAUGUACCUUGUGCGCAAGAAGAGCCCUGGCCGCAAGUUCAGGAUCUUCGCAUAA